UUCAAUACGCGGCGAGUCUUUCCAAAAAGCUCAGAAGACACUGUCCUUCUACUGAAAACAUAGUUUGCUCCUCCUUCGGUGUCAGACAUUUUGAGAAGAAAGCCAUAACAAACGAAGGAUCUUUCAGAACUGAGAGCUGCUAGUACGCAUGGAUUACAGCGACAAUGGGACUGAUGGAGCUUGAGGUUCUGCUCUUCAUUGCCACAAAAUGGGACACCAUGUAGGAACAGCUGCAGCUUAAAAUAAGUAUUUUCUCAGCCGAGGAAAUGGCUUCACCAAAGUCAACGUUGAUGGAUCAUGGAGAGUUCUUGACGGAGCUGGACCAGAUUACCAAGCGGCUUCAGGACGAUGGCGUGCCUCCAGAGGCCGGAGCGGCGGAGCGGCAGCAGCAUCUGUGGCGGCAGCUGCUCGACGCCGAGGCAAAGCUUCAGUCGGUCUCAAAGGAGCUGCAGACCUUACGUACGCAGCAGGCCAAUGAAAUGAAGGAGGUGGAGAGCUACGUAGCUCACAUUCGGGCGCUGCUGGAAGAGUGCGAGUGUCUGACUGCAGAGUACGAGAGAGACAACGAAGACUUGAGACACAAACUUCACCAAGUCAAACAUCAACAAGAGAUCCAGAGCAAGGAGAUGGCGGAGAUGUUGUCACAGGAAGACCUGGGGGAGAUCGGCUUGAGCAGCCCCAGUGAGCAGGUGGCUUAUCUGCUGGUGGAGAGGGCCACUCUGCUGGAAAGGCUGGAGGCUGCCGAGGGGAAGCUGGAAAGUCAUACCCUCGCCGUUACCGACAGCGACCAUCAGGAGCACAUCCAAAUAAUGGGAGAGAGUCUCAGGCAGCAGAGGGAGGACUUGAGCAAGACCGUAGAUCACAUGACGAAGCGAAUGCACAGAACGGUUCGAUCACCAUGUGGACAUUGGCUUUUUGUUUUGUCGGCAGUGUUCGUCCCAGAGUCCGUGGAAGAAGCUGUUUGGCCUGCGCAGGCCCAGAGCGAGGAGAUCUCCAGGGAGCGAACUGAGCGGCAGCGGCUGGAGCGGGACCUGGAGGAGGCGUCCAGGAGGCUGGCCAUGGCCCACCAAGACAUCCGCAGACUCAACAACGAGCUAGACGCGGCUAAGAACAACAACCAAGAUCCAUGUGGAUCUGAGCUUGAGGGGACGGUCCAGGAAGUUGAGUACCUGAGGAAGGAAGUGGACAAAAUGAAACACAACGAUAUGAUGAAGCUGCAGCGAGCCAAAGAGCAAAAUGACAGACUGGAUGCAGAGAACAGAGCUCUCAGGGAAAGACUACAUGUCAUAGAGUCCGAGAAGAAAAAUCUUAUGGAUCAGAUGACAAAACCUAAUACAGAAAAAGAAGACUUGGAGAACAAAGGUACCGAAUCUGAAAACUGCCUCUCCGCUGUGUCGACCCAAGAGAAGGAUCCGAUUCAUAAACGGUGUCAGGAAGCGGUGGAAGACGGACUUGUGCAGGUGAGAGAGCUGCAGCGGCAGCUCCAGAGGCUACGCAAGGAGCAGGAGGAGCUGGAGGAGAGGAAUGAGGAGCUGGAGGCCCUGCUGGGGGAGGCCCAGAACGCCAGCAAGGAGGAGAGGCAUCGCCACGAGGGAGAGGUGGAGGGGCUGCACAGGAGGGUUAGAAACCUGGAGGCGGAGCUGAGAAAGCAUGACGCUCAGGAGAAAGCACCGAGAAACGGCGACGAGGCGAAGGCCACCGAGUCCUACCUGCACGUCCACCUGAGGGACAGCUCCCAGGAGAGGAUGUCCCUGCUGGAGGCCCGACUGACUGAGGAGAAGGAGUGGAGGAAACAGCUGGAGUUGGAUCUCACUGCUGCUCAGGCUGCCCUCAAGAAAGAUAAAGAGGCUUUGCAGAUAGGCGAGCGAGAGCUGAAGAAACUGAGACUCGAGGUCAGCGGUCUUCAGACCGAAUGCCAGCAGGGGAAAACGCUCAUCAAAAGCCUGACCCAGGUCAAGGGAGAGAAGGCCGUUCUAGAAGAAAAGGUGGCCCAGAUGGAGCGCGCCCACAGCAGACUCCAGAGUCAGCUGGAGCGCCACAAGGACAGUAACCAGACUCAGACAACAACGAUGGAAAACAGACUGCAGGCUGAUCAGACGCAGAAGCAGGUCGACAGCCUUCACGUCGAGUUCAGCAGCCUGCAGUCUUCACAUGACAGUCUGAGGGAGGAGAUGACCUCUGAGCGCCAGAAGACGGCCGAGCUGCAGGCGGAGCUGAGCGGCGCGGUUCACCUGAAGCUCGAGGCCGAAGGGAAAAGAGAGAGAGUGGAGCUGGAGGUCCAGCGGCUCCAUAAGCAGCUGCAGUGGCAUCAAGAGCAGCUGACCUCUGCAAAGGAGGCGCUUCGUCGCAGCCAGAAGGCUGAAAUGGACACAGCUAACGCAGGGUCUGGGCCCGAGUCCGUAGAGAAAGUAAAGGUUGGGGGUUUGGAUCAGGUAAUUCAGUUGGCAGCUGUAAAUCAUCUCACAUCGUCCAAACGUGGAGAAGAUCGGCUUCACUGCUCAGUGAAUCGAGUCGAGAAGAAAGCGCGUUUCCUCUUCAUGUUUUUCAUUGAAAUCAAAUAUUUGCAUACGCCCUUUACUCCUGAAAACAACUGAGAAAAGCCCAGAUAAUGAAUCGACUUCCUACUAUUAGGAUUAUGUUAGUUAAUUUUCAACCUUUGAGUUAAAUUGUGCACCUAUUCAUGUAGGCCAGUCUCGGAUACAAAUGGGGUUUUUCAAAUUUGUUACUAAAAGGUCAACAAACCUGACUCGGUUACACCGGCUCUGUCAGGAGGAAUGGGCCAAUAUUCCAGCAAGCUACAGUGAGAAGCUUGUAGAGGGGAAACCUCAAAUGUCUUGACUCAAAUCUAACAGUUCUACCAAAUCCUUAGGAUAUGUUU